CAUAAGUUUAUUAGAGAAAUGAACCUUGAUGACAUUUAUAAUUGGUAUAAACUAUGCAUAAGAGUAUAGGAUUCUUCAACAUCCAUAAAACUAUCCUGGAAAACAAUAGGAAUCUCAACCAAGAACUGUUUAAUCUUAUAAGCCUCUAGAACCUAAAGCUUAAUUUCAUAUUAUUGUAAAGGCCACUGCUGAAUACAUAAAAGAGAAAAUGCUAAAUGGAAAUGUAUUUAUAAAAAUUACAUAAAAAGGGAGUAAAUAUGAAAGAAUUGGGAGCAUUUACAAUGGAAGUAAUUUCCGAUUAUGUGAAACCUCUAUAACAUUCAGGAUUCAAUAUGACCCAAGACUUAGCUAUUCAGAGAGCAGAUAGAAAACAUGUUCAUUAAAUAAGGUACCCAAUUUUUAUAUAAAAUUUAUAGACCUUGUUUUGUUCCUGACAAUGCAUUCAAAUAUUUUUUAGCUCGUUAUCCAGGCAAAGAGGAAAUUACUAAACCUUUGAGUCAGCAUUCAAUUUAUUAGAAAGGAUUUGGAAUGAACUUCUGCAAUCCAGGUCCAAUAGCAGCAUCAAGGUUAGUAAUAAUUAAUACUGAUUAAGUUAUCUUGGUAAAGAUGUAGUACAAUCUGUUCAUUCUUCUUUGAUUAAAGCAAUACAUGAUCUUACUAGACUUGGACAUGAUUUAAACAUUGAUUUUGGAUUUAUUAAGAUAUCUGUAUAAAAUAGAGACAUGAAAUAUAAAUAUGAUCAAUCAUUUAUUUAAAGACUUAACUAAACAGAUUAUGAACUAAAAGUAAAUAUAGAAUAUUAUAUAAGAUGCGUAAAUCUGAUUUAGGAACAUCAUAACAUUGGACUACUACUUAUUAAGAGAAAUGGUCAAAGAGCACGUAAUAUAUUAUAAUUAAUCAUAUAGAUUAAAUAAUUUAUUAACCAGACCUAAUCCAAAUUAAGUGUAAGAAAAUUAUGAGAAAUCAAUGGCUUUGAAGAUAAUGUCAUUAGAUUUGAAUACAGCAGAACAUACCAAUUACAGUAAAAAGUAAAAAGUAUAAUUACCAACACUUAAUAAAUGA